CACAAAUCUUUACUGUAGCCCUAAUGGAGGAGACGCCAUUUUACAAAUAGUGAUGGUGUGUGCAGAAUUCUGUGGAUCUAUGUGAAAGAAGGGGCGACAGCAGACUUUGGGAUUUGCGGCAACCAGAAGAAGCUCUGUGUAGAAAUUGAAUUGAGGCAGAGCAGGAGGAGGACAAGGAACAAAGGAUAUCAACACCUCUUCUGGACGCACCUCUGUGAUUUCAUUUUAUUUUUUACUUUAUCUAUUUAUUAUCACUUUGUUUUUGUGGUGGAGUGUUUUUGGAACCGCUUUCUGGAUGAAUGACUGGGUGGGCCCGGAUGUCAAUGUGGUCGGGGCCCUACAGGUCCCCACCAGCGAUGGUUACUGUCUGCCAGAGAGCUCACACUUCUUCGAUAUCCUGACAGAGCAGGGCAGCCCCCUGCUGCAGGACCCAGAGGUGCUCCCUUUCACCUGCUAUCCCAGCAUGCAGUUCUCCAACAUGGAGCCCGCCAUGUCGUCCCCCUCGUCUUACUACUCCGGCCAGCACUACUACCCGCCAUACGGUGCCGAGGACUGGUACUCCGCUCCCAGCCUGUAUGAACUCAGGAAGGGGCCCCUGGAGGUGGGGUCUGGGGUCGGGGGCGGUGGUGGAGGUGGUGGUGGUGGUGGUGGAGGGGGCGCCUUUGAGGUGGAGAUGGAGGAGAGUUCCCUUGCGGCGCCGUCAGUGUGCAAGAGGGCCCGCCACGCAUCCCAUCCGGGCAGGGUGAAAGGGGAGGAGCUGUGUGUGGUGUGCGGGGACAAGGCCUCAGGGUAUCACUACAACGCGCUCACCUGCGAGGGCUGCAAAGGCUUCUUCAGGAGGAGCAUCACGAAGAACGCGGUGUACAAGUGCAAGAGCGGCGGCACCUGUGAGAUGGACAUGUACAUGAGGAGGAAGUGCCAGGAGUGCAGACUCAGGAAGUGCAGGGAGAUGGGCAUGCUGGCGGAGUGUCUGCUGACAGAGAUCCAGUGUAAGUCCAAACGGCUACGUAAGAACCCCAAAGGCUCGUCGGGGGAGUGCACAGUGGAUGACCUGGAGGCAGCCGACUGUGGGGACACCAAGCAGGUCACUUCAUCCACCACAAGACUGUCAAAGGAAAAAGUAGAGCUCAGCCAAGAACAACAGGCUCUGCUAAACUACAUCGCCGAUGCUUACAAUAAGCAUCGAAUUCCCCCAGACAUGGCAAAGAAACUGCUCCAGGACCAGUAUAACGCAGAGGAGAACUUCCAGCUGCUGACGGAGAUGGCUACGAGUCACGUACAGGUGCUGGUGGAGUUCACCAAGAACAUCCCAGGUUUCCAGGGCUUGGACCACGAGGACCAGAUCGCUCUGCUGAAGGGCUCCGCUGUGGAGGCCAUGUUCCUGCGAUCAGCACAGGUCUUCACCCGCAAACUCCCCCAGGGACACACAGAGGUGCUGGAGGACAGGAUCCGCAAGAGUGGGAUCUCGGAGGAGUUCAUCACGCCCAUGUUCAACUUCUACAAGAGCAUCGGAGAGCUCCAGAUGCUGCAGGAGGAACACGCUCUCCUCACCGCCAUCACCAUCCUCACGCCAGACCGGCCCUACGUGAGGGACCAGGCUGCAGUGGAGCAUCUUCAGGAGACCAUGCUGGAGGUGCUGCGUAAGUUCUGCAAGCUGCAGCAUCCUCAGGAGCCCCAGCACUUUGCCCGUCUGCUGGGCCGCCUCACGGAGCUGCGCACCCUCAACCACCACCACGCAGAGAUGCUCACCUCCUGGCGCAUGAGCGACCACAAGUUCACACCGCUGCUCUGCGAGAUCUGGGACGUGCAGUGACCACAGGCCACCAAUAGAGGGAGUGGUGGUGGUGGAGAGAGAGAGAGAGAGAGAGAGAGAGAGAGAGAGAGAGAGAGAGAGAGAGAGAGAGAGAGAGAGAGAGAGAGAGAGAGAGAGAGAGAGAGAGAGAGAGAGAGAGAGAGAUUGAAUGGAUUUCAGAAGAAUGACACAUUUGUAGGGAGACAGCAAAAGAAUGAGUCAGAG